CCACAUGUGACGUAUGCUGUCAUGUGACCGACCAGGAAGGGCAGCAUUUUCUUCGACGCCAAGAGCAAAACAUUACGCCGAUGUGUUCUCGCACAGCCAAAUAACCAACAUUUCAAGCCAAACGGUUCUUGGAGAGAGAGACAACAUGUCGUACGGUCAAGGAGACAGUUAUCGCCCAGUCCCUCGGGAUUUCACCGGCCUCAUCCAGACAUGUACCUCCAAUAUACAGAAGAUCACGCAAAACACCGCUCAGAUCAAGAACAUGGUGAGCCAGUUGGGAACCAGGCAGGACAACAGUGAACUUCAGGAUCGCCUUCAGCAGAUCCAACACUACACCAACCAGCUUGCAAAAGAAACCAACAAGCACCUGAAGGAGUUGGGCUCUGUUCCUUUGCCAGCCUCACCCUCAGAGCAAAGGCAGCAGAAGAUUCAGCGGGAACGGCUGAUGAAUGACUUCUCCGCAGCUCUCAACAACUUUCAAGAGGUCCAGCGGCGCGCGGCCGAAAAGGAGAAGGAGUCGGUAGCUCGAGCGAGAGCCGGAUCUCGUCUAUCGGCGGACGACAGUUUGCGAGAUGAAAAGCUCGUCUCUUUUGAUAAUCAGGACGACUGGGGUCAAAUGACCACUCAGACGGAGGAAGCGGCCAUCACUGAGGAGGACCUGGAACUUAUUAAGGAGAGGGAAACCAACAUCCGACAGCUGGAGUCGGACAUUAUGGACGUCAACCAGAUUUUUAAGGACCUCGCAGUGAUGAUCCAUGACCAAGGAGAGAUGAUUGAUAGCAUUGAGGCAAAUGUGGAGAAUGCCGAAGUUCAUGUCGAGCGAGGAGCAGAGCAACUGCAGAGAGCUGCCUACUACCAACAAAAGUCCCGGAAGAAGAUGUGCAUCCUGGCGUUAGUCUGCUCCAUCGCACUGGUCAUUCUGGGCAUCAUCAUCUGGCUUGUGUCAAAGUGACGUCACACCAUGUUAACUCCAUCUUUGUUCUUUCUAUAUUAUACGCUGCCCUCCUCUCACCUGAAAGUACCUGCUAGAAGAGCAGAUAGCUGCUCACAGGAUCGCCGCCAUAGAUUAGUGCAGAGCUGCAAACAUGCCAAGCUCCACCGACCACGGAUGGGUUUGUUUUGUUUUUGGUUUUAUUUUGGGGGGGGAGGAUAAUACACACAUUUGAACUGCAUCUUAAGAGGAACUGAGGUGGUUGAGGGAUUGAUUGAUUUUCUUGCACUAACACUCGCAAUUUCAAGUGUUUCAUUAUUGCAAUUAGUAGACCAAACUAGGAA